AUGCCUCUGUUUGCCACCAAUCCCUUCGAUCAGGAUGUCGAGAAAGCAACCAGUGAGAUGAAUACUGCUGAGGAUUGGGGCCUCAUUUUGGAUAUUUGUGAUAAAGUCGGUCAGUCUCGCACUGGACCUAAAGAUUGCCUUCGGUCUAUUAUGAGGAGGGUAAACCAUAAAGAUCCUCAUGUGGCUAUGCAGGCUCUCACCCUUCUAGGAGCAUGUGUAUCAAACUGUGGCAAAAUUUUUCACUUAGAAGUAUGUUCGAGAGAUUUUGCUAGUGAAGUAAGCAACGUAUUAAACAAGGGUCAUCCUAAAGUGUGUGAAAAAUUGAAGGCUCUUAUGGUUGAAUGGACAGAUGAAUUCAAGAAUGAUCCACAGCUUAGUCUAAUAUCAGCAAUGAUUAAGAACCUAAAGGAACAGGGUGUUACGUUUCCAGCUAUUGGCUCUCAGGCUGCAGAGCAAGCGAAAGCAAGCCCAGCUCUGGUAGCCAAGGAUCCUGGUGCUGCGGCUAACAAAAAAGAAGAGGAAGAUUUAGCGAAAGCCAUUGAGUUAUCCCUGAAGGAACAAAGGCAGCAGUCAACCACCCUUUCCACUUUGUAUCCAAGCACAUCCAACCUCUUAACUAACCAUCAACAUGAAGGCCGGAAAGUUCGUGCUAUAUAUGACUUUGAAGCUGCCGAAGAUAAUGAACUGACUUUUAAAGCUGGAGAAAUUAUUACAGUUCUUGAUGACAGUGAUCCUAACUGGUGGAAAGGGGAAACUCAUCAAGGCAUGGGGCUCUUCCCCUCGAAUUUUGUGACUGCAGAUCUCACUGUUGAGCCUGAAAUGAUUAAAACGGAGAAGAAGACGGUACAAUUUAGUGAUGAAGUUCAGGUAGAAACGAUAGAACCAGAGCCAGAACUAGCCUACAUUGAUGAGGAUAAAAUGGACCAGUUGCUACAGAUGUUGCAAAGUACAGAUCCCAGUGAUGAUCAACCGGAUCUUCCAGAGUUACUUCAUCUUGAAGCAAUGUGUCACCAGAUGGGGCCUCUCAUUGAUGAGAAGCUGGAGGAUAUCGAUAGAAAACAUUCAGAACUCUCAGAACUGAACGUUAAAGUGAUGGAAGCCCUGUCCUUGUAUACCAAGUUAAUGAAUGAAGACCCUAUGUAUUCCAUGUAUGCAAAAUUACAGAAUCAGCAGUAUUAUAUUCAGUCAUCCGGUGUUUCUGGUUCUCAGGUGUACCCACCUCAGAGUGGUGCUUACCUGGUCGCAGGGAGCGCCCAGAUGAGCCACCUGCAGAGCUACAGCCUGCCCCCCGAGCAGCUGUCUUCCCUCAGCCAAGGAGCAGUGCCGCCAUCUGCAAGCCCAGCCCUUCCUACUCAGCAAGCCCAGGCUUCCUACCCCAACACAAUGGUCAGCUCCGUCCCGGGAAGCACGUAUCCCAGCCCGGCUUCAGUGUAUAGUCCUCCCCCUGCCGCCACAGCUGCUCCCGACGUCACCAUCUACCAGAACGCAGGGACCAGCCUGUCCCAGGUGCCGAACUAUACGUUACCGUCCACAGUGCCCCAGCCUGGGGGCAGCCAGCAGCCACCUCAGCCGCAGCAGCCAUACUCCCAGAAGGCUCUGCUAUAG